CCAGUGCAGUCCAAAAGCAUGUGUGGAACAGUGAAGUUUAUGAGGGUCUGCAAACCAUGGAGAUGUGCCUCGGAGGUCUUACUGGGACAUGUGAAGGAGUAGAAAACCAAGCUGGAAACAAGACUCAAGAAUGAACAAUCCGUCAGAAACCAGUAAACCAUCAAUGGAGAGUGGGGAUGGGAACACAGGCACGCAAACAAAUGGCCUGGACUUUCAAAAGCAGCCUGUGCCUGUCGGAGGAGCAAUCUCUACAGCCCAGGCCCAGGCCUUCCUUGGGCACCUUCAUCAGGCCCAGCUCGCUGGAACAAGUUUACAAGCUGCUGCUCAGUCCUUAAAUGUACAGUCUAAAUCUAAUGAAGAAUCUGGGGACUCUCAGCAGCCAAGCCAGCCUUCCCAGCAGCCUUCAGUGCAGGCGGCCAUACCCCAGACCCAGCUCAUGCUGGCCGGAGGACAGAUCACUGGGCUCACGUUGACGCCAGCCCAGCAACAGUUAUUGCUACAACAGGCGCAGGCACAGUUGCUGGCGGCUGCAGUGCAGCAUUCAGCCAGUCAGCAGCACAGCGCUGCUGGUGCCACCAUCUCGGCCUCUGCUGCAACGCCGAUGACGCAGAUCCCUCUAUCUCAGCCAAUACAGAUUGCACAGGAUUUGCAGCACUUGCAGCAGCUUCAGCAGCAGAAUCUCAACCUGCAACAGUUUGUGUUGGUGCAUCCAACAACCAACUUGCAGCCAGCACAGUUCAUCAUCUCACAAACACCGCAGGGGCAGCAGGGUCUCCUGCAAGCGCAGAAUCUCUUAACGCAACUACCUCAGCAAAGCCAAGCCAACCUCCUGCAGUCUCAGCCAAGCAUCACCCUUGCCUCGCAGCCAGCAACCCCAACACGCACAAUAGCAGCGACCCCCAUUCAGCCACUUCCACAGAGCCAGUCAACACCAAAGCGAAUUGACACUCCCAGCUUGGAGGAGCCCAGUGACCUUGAGGAGCUUGAGCAGUUUGCCAAGACUUUCAAACAAAGACGGAUCAAACUUGGAUUCACUCAGGGUGAUGUUGGGCUCGCUAUGGGCAAACUCUAUGGAAAUGACUUCAGCCAAACUACCAUCUCUCGCUUUGAAGCCUUGAACCUCAGCUUUAAGAACAUGUGCAAGUUAAAGCCACUUCUGGAAAAGUGGCUCAAUGAUGCAGAAAACCUCUCAUCUGAUUCAACUCUCUCCAGCCCAAGUGCCCUGAAUUCUCCAGGGCUGGGGAUUGAAGGCUUGAACCGUAGGAGGAAGAAACGCACCAGCAUAGAGACCAACAUACGUGUGGCCUUAGAGAAGAGUUUCCUGGAGAACCAAAAGCCUACCUCGGAUGAGAUCACCAUGAUAGCUGACCAGCUAAACAUGGAGAAGGAGGUGAUCCGCGUUUGGUUCUGUAACCGGCGCCAGAAGGAGAAAAGGAUCAACCCACCCAGCAGUGGUGGAACCAGCAGCUCGCCCAUCAAAGCAAUUUUCCCUUGCCCAACCUCACUGGUGGCAACCACGCCAAGCCUUGUGACCAGCAGUGCAGCUACAACCCUGACUGUCAAUCCUGUGCUCCCUCUGACCAGUCCUGCUGUAACUAGUCUGUCAGUCACAGGCUCAACAGAAACCACCUCCAACAACACGGCAACAGUGAUUUCAACAGCACCUCCAGCUUCUUCAGCAGUGACAUCACCCUCCCUGAGUCCUUCCCCUUCUGCCUCAGCCUCCACUUCAGAGGCAUCUAGUGCCAGUGAGACCAGCACAACACAGACAACCUCCACUCCCUUGUCCUCCCCUCUUGGGACCAGCCAGGUGAUGGUAACGGCAUCAGGGUUGCAAACAGCGGCAGCAGCCGCAUUACAAGGAGCUGCACAGUUGCCUGCAAAUGCGAGUCUUGCUGCCAUGGCUGCUGCAGCAGGACUAAGCCCAGGCUUGAUGGCAUCCUCGCAGUUUGCAGCUGGAGGUGCCUUACUCAGUCUCAAUCCAGGGACAUUAGGUGGUGCUCUCAGCCCGGCCUUGAUGAGCAACAGUACACUGGCAACUAUUCAAGCACUUGCAUCUGGUGGCUCUCUUCCAAUAACAUCACUGGAUGCAACUGGAAACUUGGUGUUUGCCAAUGCUGGAGGUACUCCUAACAUCGUAACUGCCCCUCUGUUCCUGAACCCUCAGAACCUUUCUCUGCUCACCAGCAACCCGGUUAGCUUGGUCUCUGCAGCUGCAGCCUCCGCAGGGGCCUCUGGACCAGUCGCCAGCCUUCAUGCCACCUCCACCUCAGCCGAGUCCAUCCAGAACUCUCUCCUCACGGUGGCCUCUGCGAGCGGGGCCACGUCCACCACCACUACUGCCUCCAAGGCACAGUGAGCCGGGCUGAGCUGUGCUGCCAGCAGCCUGUUUCACUGUGCGGUGGGAUUGGCUGCCAGCGGGGUUUAUAAACUGAAAAUGUGAUGGGCAUCCUCUCGCCGUGUUGCUGGGGACAAGGGAGAGAAGGAAAAAUAUAAAAAACAAAAGCAAAACAGGAAGGAUUUAAAGCUGGGACAGACAUUUGCCUAAUUUUAUAAUAAACACUGUCUUUUCAGGAUCGCUUCAUGGAUCGGAGAACUUUCUAACCAAAAAUGUAAAAAAAAACAAAAAACAAAAAAAACACACACAAAAAAAAAAAAAAACACAAAAAAAGGUAAAAGGACUACUUAUCAUUUCCAGCAGUCACAAUGACAAGUUAAGGUGGGUUAUCAACUCAGACAUAGGAAGGGGAUUCUCGUUUCUUUUCGGUCUAAAUAUCUUUCUUUUUUUAAUUAUCAUUUUAUAGGUCUGUUGUACAGGCCAUUAUGUCAUACAAGGUGUUUAUAAUCGUAUCAAUCGCGUUGGGGGUUCCUUUCUUAACUGGUACAAUUUAGGCAGGCCUGUAUUACUGGUGUAUCUCUAUUAUUAUUAUUAUUAUGAUUAUUAUUAUUAUUUUUAUAUAUAUAGUUUGGACGCGUUUGUCUUUUGCUCCUGGAUUAUUUUCAGCGAGCUCCCACACCAUGGGGGGAGGGCGGGAGGGUGGAGAGGAAGAUGGAGCACAAAUAGACUUCCUGUCCGAAUCUUCUGGGAACGUUCUGAACAGUUUCCUCAUCCUUGAAUUUGUCUAAUGGUUACUUGUAGGGGUCAGAAGAGUUUAUGUUCAUCAUUUGCGCAGGAAGCUCAGUGUAGCAGUAGAGAUCAUUGUGUGCAAACUUCCAGGCUGGCCUAUGCUGUUUAAGCAGAGGUAGGAAUUAGUUCCGAACUGCGGUUCUCCUUCUCUCAAUUAUUUAGACAAAAAGGCCAAAUUCUGCUCUGAGUUGUGUGCGCGUGGUUCCUUUUUACUUCAGAGAGAGUGGGAUUUGACCUCCUGAGUCUAGAUUGUGUGACAUACCGAUGGCUCUUCUGUCGACUUGCUUUUGCUCUUAAGAGCACACACAAGUACUUAAAAAAUGUCAAGGUACCCAAGCUAAUUGGCAGUAUGUAGAGCAGCAUUUACAGUCCUCGAUUUCCGCUGGGUAGAUUGGGACAGGAUUUCAAAAGGUCAGAUUCUCCCUGUUCAUAGCAAUAUUCCUUUUCCAUUAAUUCUGAUGCUUCCAACAUUGCAUUUAGAAAAACUUUCUAGUGAAAGAGUGCUUCUGACUGCAAAACAUAGAAGCCAAAAAUAUGAGAGCAGAAGUUGCCAUCGUUUAUGCCAACACGAUAGAGCUGGCUCUGGGGCUUUGCACAUUCCUGGGUGAUCUUAUGUAGUCUCUGAGCUGUGAUGCUGCUAGCUAUGUAAAAAUGGCAAUAAGCGCCUCUGACCAGAGCUCUGGUCAGGGGUCGCCUGCCACUGUAACGAUCUUUUCAAGGUUGAUUCUGAUCCAUGUAGCAAAGGAUAUUUACGUGGAUGAGGAAGAGUAACGAACUGUACAGAAGUUAGAUCUGUAUAUUCUUAAAUAUACAAUCUAGUAUCUGAACCAAAAAAAAAAAAUUUUUAAAAAGACUGGAUCACUGCAAUGCAGUUCACUUUGAAAUUUCCAUUCCUGAUGGAUUUAAAGGUUUCUGCCAUGUGUAUAAAACCAAAUUACUUUUAGCUACCGAAGGUAUUAGAAGAGUCCCUUUCCCCCCACCCCCUUUUCUUUUGUCACCGGAGUGUCCUAAAAUAACGAGCUGAUGCAGCUAUGUUCAUUUUAUUGAUGAUUCAGGGGGAUCCUGGAGCUUCUCGUCCAAGAUCCAGAAGGCAGCAACUUUAAACUCUACAUAUGCUUUGGUUUGCAACCUGAGCAUGUGCGAUUUGUGUUUGCACUCAAGUGGCAGAACCCCUUAUCUCUCCCCCCACCACCGUGUUUUUGCUCUGUUCAUCUCUAACUCUCCACCUUCCUGUUUUACUGAAUAUUUAAACCAAUUAUCCCUAAAACUUCAAAACUAGUGAACUGCAAGCAGGGAAACUAACAAAUGUCCGUCCACCGUUUCUAAUGUGUUUUUGAUUUUUUUUUAUGUUUUAUUUUUUUAAAACUAAGCUUGAACCAAAGUCAAUUUCUAGCAAGCUGCUGUACUAAUGGACUAGUUUGUAUAAGUGCAGUUCAGAUGCAGAGAGGCGAUAGAUGCUACUGACAAUUUCUUUUUCAUUUGUCUUUUGUUUUUAUUAAUUUUAUAUAAAAGUUGCUGCUUGUUUUUAAUCUUUUUUUUUUUUUUGUGGUUGGUUGGUAAUUUGUGUUAUCCUUGGGGCAGACUCUUAACCUGAUUUUAAUUUGUUUUCGUUUGAUGUGUAAAUAGAAUGGCAAUGUCAGGGGAUUGUUAAUCCAACAGGUCCCACCCUCAUCCCACCAGUAUGGAUAAAUCUAAGUAUUUUUGAUGUGUCUCUAUGACUUCAGGCUGUGCAGGAUACUUUCAGGGCUAUGAAUAAUACUGCAAAAAUGGAAAUGGCCCGCAGUAAGAGGUAUAGUAGCGUGAGCUUCAGGGUGGUAGGGAAGAAGUAGAAGAGGAGAUGCUGGUACCCACUAUGUUGGUCUGGAGGCCGUAGCACAGACAACAGUUUCUACCACAGGAAUGCAAGUCCCUGGGACUUCUGUUCCGUGAAGUAAGAGGGUGGGGAAUACUGCAGCUGUAACGUUCAUUCCCGACUCUGAAAGUUCCAGCUUACUUUCACGUCUGUGCAAAAAUACGAUUUAUCAGGAAGCUUUUUUUGUCAAAGGGGGGGAUACUAUCGGUCUUUUCUCCGAUGUAUCCUCUACUCCCUAAGGGUUUUGUGGUGGGGUGGGGGGGCAUGGUCCUUGCAUAUAUCUAGGAAACACAAAGAAAGGUGGGCCUUAAAUCAGCGUAAAAUCCUCUCUUCACAGUUCAAAGAGACUGUGCCAUUAGCCAUCUGAAUGAGUUUUCAUGUCCCAUUCUUGCUGAUUUGUGGUUGGGAGAGGGUCUUGUUGAGUACAUAUCUGGAACACUAAUGCAGCUUGGAUGGUUUAUUUAUUAUAAAAAUCUGCUUUUUUUCCUGACUACCUUUGCAUUGGUCACAUGGCUUUGGUGUGAGCACCUUAUACCCCCUUACCCUUCUCCUCUCUACCCCAUCACCCUCUCUGGGGCCCAGAUUCCAGGGAAUUUCUUAGCAAGUCUUUUUCUGAGAGAAACUGGAAACUUGGAGUAGCCACAUAUCCAGAAAGGGCUUGGUUUUGGUUGCAGAAGCUGACAUAAUACCCAAACAGCACAUAUCCCAUGGCAUCUAUCACCAGUAUGCUCUGAUUCCUUGUCCUAAAACUUGCCGAUGACUGUCACUCCUGGAGCCUUCUUUUCAUCCCUAGCAGUAAAACACUCUCGUGGAUGCUGGCUACCUCCAGUGUUUAGGUGAAAGAUGGAAAUCAGGUUGGCAACGGGUGCACAUCUGCCUAGUUAGAGCGCAUACGCUAGAGAGCUUGAAAGGAAUAUGAGAUCAUGAGCUAGAAUUUGGCAGAAGUUUCUUUUUUAAAUCAUAAUCAUGCUGACGACAGAAUUUGAUGCGCCUGAAAAGAGACGGUAGCAAUUGUAUACAGACCUAGGAAAUCUGAUCAUGGUCUGAGUUCUUGAGUGUUGAAAAUGGAGAAUUAUUGUCCCAAUAGACACUGGGAUGUGCAUGGUCACAAACUUGCUGACAGACCCAGGACACUUAUUUAGCAGACAAAUUUGAUUUUUUUUCCUUCCAGUGACACAAAGUUGUAUCUCUGAUUCCAGUAUCAGUGGCUUCGUAUGUGGAGCAGAGAUUAUUUGCUGUUCUGUGUUCACAGUCUGAAAUCCUUACUAAGCUUUCUAAGGGAAGAGUUUCUGUGCAAAUGUUCAUUUCGAGACAGUGUUCUAGCUGUAUGCUGGUACAUUUCCUCCUGUAUUGAUUUGUCCGCCAGGACCAGAAGGAAUUUCGUAGCGAGUUAGAAAAGGAUAAUAGCAUUUCUUUUUCCGAGCUCCAUGUCUCUGUAUUUAAAGAUGUGUGGGUUGCUUUUCAUGUUUGCAAGCAGGCCGAAGGACAUAGGAAAAGAGAAGGUGAAAAACUCUGAUUAUAGCCAAGGACAGUUAGCUCAAAGAGCAAGAGAUUUACAGAGACCCAAGUACAGAUAUGCCCUGAAGGUCUGGAAGAACAAUUUAGAAAAUGGCUUCAGGAUGGGAUGGUGUAGGCUGGUGAUGAUUUUUUUUUUCUGAUGGUAGGAAAAUGUAUUCCAGUUUGGCUUUAGCACACUUGAUCUCCUCAGAAUGCACCCACUGUAGUCAUCGUAGAAUGACUCAUGAACAGCUUGUAGAGACUACGCAGAUAUGGCUGCUUUCGAGAGUCACAUCUGUCUAUUUAAAUCUCCUUAAGAGGAUUUAUUUUGUUUCUGAGUUAGUGUGCAGUACGCGUUAGUCUAAGUACAUUUUAUCAUGUGGCUCUGAGAUGGUGUGUAUGUGCAGGCACUCAAGAAAUUUUGGGGGAGAUACCAUGCUGGUUACGUGCACGAGUACCUGAUUUUUGAGAGAGUUGUUUUUGCAGCCCAUAGGCUAGUGUUACUUCAGUUUUAUGUUUUCCUUUGGGUAACUUGUGAUGACAUAUCAUUGUUCUGCUACUUCUUAAGAUCCUCUGCUUCAGUAAACAGUUGUUGAAACACAAGUUAAGUUGGAUUGAAAAAGUCACUUUACCGGGAAUUGGAAAUCUGUGCUUGGCUGAACCAGCAAGGAGAACACACUUGAAAGUUAGUUGGAUCUUCAUGUAGGAAUGUGCUGCUGCUGUUGCUCAGUAGUUUUGUUUGAUUGCUGGUGAGGUUUUCUUGUAAGAGAAAACUAAAGUGCCAGAACGUUAAGAGGAAGAUGUAUAUUCUGAUGGCUUGAAUUAUAGACCUUUUAGGACAUCAGAAGCUUCAAGUUUGAAUUUUUUUCUUUAAAUGAACAGGCUGACAAAGAGAUUUUCCGUGAAAACUGUAUAGCUCCUGAUGUAUUUGGAGUUACAGCUUGUGAUUUGUUGCACCUUUUAGGUUAAUGAGAGAGAUGCCAACACUGAGCGAAGAAGCUAUGCUGAUCUUAACGCGCGAGAACAAAUUUUCUCUCAUAGUAUGAUAGCUUUUCAUUUGAGCAAGAGCAAUCCACUGCCUCUCCUUUUACCUCUUCUCUUAUUUUAAUUCUACAUACUUUAGAGUGAGCAUUAAAUGUAGACAAAAAUUUAAUGCUUUGGAUCUUUUGGUAUCUUGCCAAAAUCUUUUAGGAUCCUUAAUUCCUUUUUAAAAAUAAAAGAGCAGCAUGGAACUAAGCAGUUUUACUCAGGGGGCAGUAAGAGAAUGGCUGUUAGCAAAAUACAUUAGAGAAAAUUCUCAGCGCGUAUCCACGCCAGCGACUGUGCAAGUAAUAGAAAAUUUCCUUUUUUUCCUUCUCUUGGAACUAUAACCUAAUGUUUUGAUUCAUUCUAAUUUUUAAAUGUCACCUCAGUAAGCACACCUUGUGGCGUGCUUUGGCUCAUCACACGUUUCUGCAGUUGAGUUACUGAAGGAGGCAGCAGUGUUAAUUCCCCUAGCUCUGCACACAUUCCUGCAGAGCAACAUGCUUUAAAACAGAAAUUCCCUCUUUCUUGGUUAUAGAGCAGAACACAUGUUACAGCUGGAACCAUGCCACAGAUACUAAACCAAAACAUCUUCUGAUUUACCUUAAAUAUCAGUUGAUAUUUUCUUAGAUAAAAAUUUACUUUACAAAAUUGCCGUAGAGAGACAAGUGGCUUCUCAUGGUCAUUAGAGUGUUUGGGGACAGACAAAAUAGCGCGUCUGGUCCAAACUUUCAUACUUGUUUUAACGAGAAGUUUAAAAUGUAGAUCAAUUUAUUGCUGUGCUAACUUUAUUAGGAGUCCCUAUUCCUGUUCUACCUGAAACAGCUAAAUGACAUUUAUCCACAGGGCCUGGGUGUACCUGUUGGAUGUCCACCCAACUGUGGCCUAGGGUGGAGUGUUACCAAAGGAGCAAGCUAACCUGUUGCCCCCCGCUGUGUUUGUCGUCAGUCCUCACAUAGCCAACUCAAAUUCCUCUAUAUUUUUGCAACCAAUACCUCUUUUUACUUCUUCCUCCUUUUCCAAAAUACUGUAGCGAUACAGAAUUCAAGAUACAUACCUUGCAGAGGUUCUGCUCUUUCCAGUUGUUAAAUCUGCCCAUGAGUCUUUCUCUUCUUUCCGGCAGGGAGACCCCUAAAAUACUUCAAAGAUUUUUGGCGGAGGAGGCUUUGUCCUAAGGUUAUUGACUCACGGUUUGCAGUUUCUCAAAAUGUUCGUAUCUUUUGCUCCAUGAUCUGAAACAGUACCUGGUUCCCUGUAUGUCAGCACCAUUACUUUCAGUGCUUUUGGGAUGAUGGAAAGAGGCAAUUCUUGUACUUGCAUAUCUUCCCAGAGAAACACACAGAGUAAUGCAUGAAAAAGAACUUGAUCUGUUCUUGCCUUAUCUAUCUUCACUGGAUCUGUCUGCCGCUUCUCCCAGGACACUCUUAGUGGGUACGUGCUCUGAGCUUUUACCCCCGUGGGGUGCUGUUAGAAGGGUGUCAGGAAGCUUGCACUGGACCUACAAAUAAUUUAACUGUGGGAGAAGGGAAAAGCCACCUCUUAGUUGAGUAGACAAGUAAGUUCAGGAUGUAGAACAUACCAGGUACUUCUUUUCUGACCAAAUUCCUAAAACCAAAGCAACUACUGGACUUCGUCUUGGGGCUGCUUUUAGCUCUGUCUCCGAUACCCUGCUAAGAACUGUCUGUAACUGGAAAAAUCUGGGUCCCCUUCCUCCAUCCUCCCCUCCCUCCUCCCCUCUCCCUCCUUGUUCCUUCCCCUGCCUUCCCUCAGCGAAAGGUAGCACCAUACAGCUCUGAGAACAAUACUUGUGGGUAGCAGCUGGCUUCUGGCACCUUCAUAAAAUACCUCAGCAUAGCUUAGCAUUGUCGCAGAACUGGUUUUAAACUGAAAAAAUCAGAAGAGAAAAGCAAACUUUAUAAAUAGUGGAGAUAAUUCUAGCUGUAGAGUUUAGUUGAACUGAUGUUUAUUAUGAUUGAUAAACAUGAUUAUGCUGUAUGUAUUUGAGAUCCUGUUUAUAGGUUACAACUUUAUAGGGUCGGGAGGGGGUGGGUGGAUGUUGGGGGCAGAGAAGGGGGUUGACUGUGUUAGAAGGAAAAUGUUUGCUCAUGAAUUUUUUUCCUUGUAUCUGUCUUGCCAAAGGAAACAUUUUGUCGCUCCUGGGUUUGGGAUUGUUGUUUGGUUGGUUUAUCUGUGGUCUAAUCUGCAGCACAGCACGUGGUGGCAUGCAGGUUACUGAUUGGGUUGCUGUUCAGGGUCCUUGCGAGUGUGCGCACGCUCCCCUCCCUCUUGGCCUUUCCUUGCCCUUCGCUGGGAUCUAAAGAUGAGGCAACGCCUGUCCGCGAGGCUCAGGGGAAAGAAGAUGGCUGUACUGGGUUAGAAUCAACCUAGGUGGUGUAAAUCCGUUUCAGUUAGUUGAGUCGCGCCAGAGCUGAACUGGGUCUGUUGUGGUUAACUUCAGGGAGGGAGAAGAAUGGUUGUCGCAUCUUAAUCUAUCUGGGAGAGCAAAAGUGAAACAGGUUCCUUUUAUCCCCCUUGUCUUGUUACUGAAUGUAGGGCUUGUAGUGCUUGAUCGUAGGUGGAAAACUUUUUAAACACUUCCUUUUCUAAUAGCAAUGCUAAUCCUGUCUAGACCAAAAACUAUGAAAGAAAAAACCAAACUGAGAAGUGAAAGCUAACCUGUUCCUCCCACCACCUGGCUGUAUGCCGGAAAGGGUUGAAAUACUGUGAGACAGUCGUGGUGGAGGAGCUUCGAGGGGUUGUUGGCGAGGGAGUGGGUCGUCCUCCUGGCAUAUGUCUUGGUGUUGCGGUGGGAGUAGCAGACGAGCGAGUGGUUAUUGCCUUGGGAGGGUGUUGCAGCCCCCUCCGUCUGGACCCCAAAGCUCCCUUCUCGUUUCCCUUCAAGGCCGAUGGAGUUGGGGGAGAGGGGACGGGUGUGCGUGGGGUGUGUGCGAGUGCGUGUGUGCGCAAGCGUGUGCGCCUGGCUAUGUGCAGUGGUCGGGAGAGGUGGGUUUCUAAAGGAGCUCGACUCCACUGGGGUGGGAGAAUUCCCGGUGGCCUCGUAGAGAACCAAAGGCACUGAUAAGUUGUCAGCUCUGCUGUUCUCAGAGCGGGUAAGAGGAGAAGCUGCGUGGGGUGUUUGUUGAGCUUUGGGUCAGUGUCCCUUUCUGUAAGGACCUCAUCUCUUGUGGGUGCUCCCACCUUUUCUGCACAGAGUUGCUUUGGCUCUGUGAAGACAAACGGUGUGUGGGGCUUGCCCGGUGCUGCAGGUCUUAGGCCGAUGUUGGGAUACAGUCAGGGAAAACUGUUUCUUUCCUUCGAAUGUGGAAGCAGUGUAGUCCAAGGUCAGAGUCUGUUCAACAGCUUUUGCGUAUGGUCUUUCUCUUAAGGGAGGGACCUUGAAGACUCCUUUCUUUGCUCCCCAAAGUAGCCUUGUACAUGUUCAUGUAUCGUGCUAUUGGGCUGAGCUGUUUUAUCGGUGAACUUGGUGAGCUCUUGUGAAGAAAGGGAGGGAGGGCGGGGGAGAGGUGGGUUGUCCAGCUACUCUUCCUCCGGACGCCAAUCGGGUUGCAGAACUUCACUGAAAGCUUUACUAAUAGAAUUGUUGUUCUGACAUUAUGUAAAAGUGGUAUUAAUAUUGUGUGACUUUUCAAAGAGCUAGUUAGAUUUAUAGAUAGGUAAUAGGGAUAUUGAAGAAAUGACUUCUCAAAGAAAAGAGCACUUGGAACAAAAGAAGUGGAAAACAAGGUGUGCUUUAAGGAAAACAAAUCUGAGGAAGGAAAUGAAACAGCUUGUAGGAGGCGAGGGAAGAUGAUACCCUUUGGUGUUCCUUAGUGCUGCUGAGGCUCAGCCCCAGAACUGGAACGUACCCCCUCUGCCUUAUUUCAUCUCUCUACCAAACAGGACAUUGUCAAGUAGCUCAGACCAAAAUGCUGAUCUGUCUUAAAACUGUGUCAAUCUGCUGGUGAAUGUUCCCCGGCAGAGCUUUACGUGAAACCGUAAGAUACUUAAUUUACCAGGUUAGCUUCCCCUUUCCUCCCAAAAUUCUCUUAUCUGCUGUAGGCCCCGCUUCAGGAUUCAUCCUGCCUUUGCCGAAUUUUGUAGCAGCAGCUACUUAGGCCCUAUUCCCUGAAUGUGCUAACGUUGUGUGCGGACGAAGCUGGCGUGUUGCGGCGCUAUAGAAAUCUGAAACAGAAGGAAUCUUAAGACACUGGAAGUGGCAUGCCAAGGGGCGAGUUGUGGAGAUCGCACAACCCCCUUGAGAAACAAUUUAGGAACGAGAGCACCCGUGACAGUGUCCUGAGAACAAGGCAGUUGAGACAAAACCUUUAGUUCUUCCCCCGUUCACUCUCCCCGUGUUGGCCUCUGUGACCCUGGUGCUCCCUGCACCCGAGCGAGUCCGAGGGGAAAACGCGACGCAAAAGACUUGGCAAUCAGCGCUGCUCCCUGCGGCUUCCCAGGGAGCUGGACUGGGCCUCCCCGUGCGACAGGGAAGAAGGGCCGGGAUGGCUCCAGAGCCACCCACGGGUGCUUUGAAGAGGUCUGGAGCAGCGCUGGUCCCUGUGGGGCGCCUCGCUUGCCAGAGGUCUGUGGGAAGGACCCGGGCAGUAGCUUCUUCGUCUCCGCCAGUGCCGUUGUUCCAUUUCCUUCCUCUGUGGUAGUAUCUAAGGCUAGGUGUGAGUAGGUGUGGGGUGUUUAUCCGCCACAGGUACAGGAGCUGUCGUAUACCUCAUUUCUAACUCGUAACUGAGUAACUUGCUUUAACUUUCUCCAAACCCUACAGAGUUGCCAAGUCUGCCCUCCCUCCUUUGAUUAACACUGAACUCUGGCCUAUAGCACCCCGUGACCUGCAACCUGGGGAGUGACCCCCCAACGCCUCUGAAUGUCGCUGCUUAAAAGCUACUGCAAAGUGAGGGCAAAUUGCAAUCUUAUCUUAUUUCCUUUGGUUACAAGGGGUCCUCUUGAUUAGUCUGUGAAUAUCCACCCCCCUCCCCUCCACUCUCUGUGGAAAAGGGCCGCCCGCGCUGCCUUUCCCCACCCCGGGGCAGCUGCCCCGGGGCUGUGCUGAACUCCAGGGCCCGGAGGCGCUCUCAGCCCAGCGCUGCGUACACGCUACUCACUUUUUAACAUGACCAAAAAAUAAAAAAAGAGAAAAAGAGAAAAAGAAAAAAAAAAGAAAGAAAUCUCCAAAUAUUUAAUUUUCUUCUUUAUUAUUUGACAAUCCUGUAUCCCUUCCCCGCUCCCCAGCCUGGCCAGAAGCUGCAUCCUUAACCCGGUCCAUCUUUAUUUGAAUGUAGUUCCCCUACCCCCAUGGGAAAGAGAAGCUUUGUCAGGUCACGGUGGCUGCUAUAAGUCGGGAGGGGGCGGUUUCUUUGUUUUGUUUUGUUCUUUUAAAAUUUCCAGCCAAAACCAAAGAUUUCCUAAUGAUUGUAUAAACUCAAAACAAACAAACAAACCAAAGACAAAGGGCGUCUUCAGCACCAAGCCCAUCUGUGAGGCCGGCCGGGCCGGGGCGAGGGUCUCCACCAGCUGCCAGCCUGGGGGGGCCAGCCCGGGCUCUGGCCCCAGCCCCAGGGGCUGCCCCAGGCGAGGGGGCGCUGCCUCGGGCCCGGCCUCCAAACCUCGGCCGCCCCUGAGAACAGACUUGCCGCCCCGGGGCGAAACCCGGGGUGCAGGCGCUGGGAGGGGGUGGCCAGGGGGCUUCGCAGGUGGGUUGAGGAGCUGAAGACUUGGGUGCAGGAUUGGCUGCUCUGCUGGGUGCUUUAACCCUCUGGGGGCUGGGUGAUGUUGAUUAAUACACGCUGAGGUGCACUUCUGAGCUUCCCCCCUCCCCCCGUCACUGCUUGGAAGAGGCUGUCCUGUUGUGAGGAAUCCCUGAAAGAAGAAGAAGCAGCUUUUCAUUUCUCCUCUAGUUCCUUUUUUCUAGAUUUCUUUUACUUUUGCAGCACCACUGUGCAACUAUGCAUUGUAUUUCUCAACCUUUUAUGCUAGGUAGAUGCCUGUGACUUUUUAACUUUUGGGGGGGGGAUUGCAAAUGGAGGAACUUUUUACAUGGAUCUUUUUAAUCUCAGUUGAUUGGGGGGUGUUUGGUUCUAGGGUCAUACAAGCUCUAUCCCAAAGCAAAAUCCAAAUGUUAAUAUUAUUAGCCUGAUGCAGAUACCAAAGAUAAUUUCUUUCCUGCAGAACCUUAGACUUGUGUAUUAAGUACGAUUACCCAGCACUUGCAUUAGUCUAACCUCAGUAAUUCCAAAGCUUAGAUGUAUAUUUUGGUAUAUUUCUGGGAUAUUAAAAAAUUGUCGUUUAAAUUCUUGUUUGUUUCAGUGUAAUGCUCUUAAAGUCAUAGCAUGGAGAUAACUGAACUUGUCCUAUUCUUAGUAGUUUGAAAUAAUAGUAUUUUUGUAUGUUUUGGGUGUGUCUAUGUAUGUAUUAACAUAACAGUUUUCACUGCCUAGGUGUUCAUAAAUAAAUAAAAAAACCCGGCAACUAAGGGUUUUUAAACUGUACAUAAUAUUCCAUGAGGAAUUUCCACCAGACCGCCAAUUUGGAUCGCAUUUUCACUGACGGCCGCUCCCAACUGGGAUUCUUUCUUUCUUUUUAAAGAGACAGCAUGUUCUUUUUUUUUGCCCCGUUGGCCUGAGGUCCUUUCUCAGCGUAAAGGGGUUUUCACUGCUUUUAAGGGAUGGGCCAAAGAGGAAGUAGCUUAAAUUU